GGCGCCAGAGCCUACGCGCAGUCGCAGAGAGGAAAGCCACGGCAGCAGGCGAAGCGAGCCACAGCCUAGCCAGCCCUGGGCAAGAGGGAGGCGAGGGGAAGGGAAACCGAGGCAGGCGGCGGCGGCACCAGCUAAGAGCGCAGGGCGCACGCGCUUCUCGUUUCGUGUCCCAGCCGAGGGGAGGGGGAGGCACACAGCUUCGAGGAGGUCUGUACGGUCGAGGCGUGAGGCUGGCGGCCGAGGGUCCGGGCGCUGCGGGCGGCAUGGGAAGGGACGAGCUGCUACGGCGGAGCCUCGUGGCGCUGGCGGCGGCCGUGGCGCUCACGGGCCUGGCCACGGCGUCGCUGCGCAAGGCGGCGGCCACGUACGGCUUCGGCAUCCUCGCCAUCGCCGGCGUGCUGCUCCCGGACUGGGAGUUCUUCGACCGCGACUACUCCCAGUGGCUCACCCCCAUGCCCGCCUCCCGACGCACGGCAGCGGCCGCCGCCGCCGAGCGGGAGCACGACGUCUGGAAAUUCAAGCCCUAUCCUCUCAGGGUUGCCAUGCUGACGACGAUCUACGGGUUCGGUCUUUACAAGUGGUGGAUGUACGUAUCUAGCUAGUGGGUCCUCCUCUCCCCCCCUGCAUCUCUUCCCCUUAGCGAAGUCCCUUUUUCUUUUUAAGAAGAAAAAUACCAUGAUAGUGCCUUGUCAUAUCUCAGCCAUUCUUCACCGUGAUCAGAUGAGCCAGCCAUAUAGCCUGGCUAAUACGCUGCUGAUAUGAAAAAUCUUCAGAACCCCCCGACACAAGUUGAUGUAUGUAAUGUAACUAGCAGGUUUUGUAAUGUGCAAACGCCAAUCAUUUCAUAGCUGGAAACAUGAAUCUAGGUUUGAUUCUUUAUCC